UUGAACUUAGAUGCAGCAACUCCGGUCGGCCGCCUUACCGUGCCGAUCUCACUCCACUAUAUUUAUAGUUUAACACGGGUCCGUUUUAAAAAAGUGCAAUUUAACGGCAAAUAGGCGCCUGAAAUUAUUCAUCGCACCGUGUGCUAUUGUUGCUGAAAUCGUUUACGCCUAAGGUGCGCGGCGACGAUGAGUAAUGGCAUCGCAAGAUAAAGGAAGUGGCAAUGCAACUAGUAACGAGAUAUUUACAAAACACACCCACCAAAAAGACACAAAGGAAGAUCGAACGAUUUCGAAGACGACGAUACCGCCUCAAUGUUCUUUGUACUGAGACACCCAAAUCCGGGAGAGAUUUUGGUGGCAUGGCAGAAGUACAAGGCUGCCGAUCCGGAAGAAUUGGACCUCAACGAGGGGGAUGCGGUUGAACUACUCGACAUCAACGAUCCGGCAACGUCGGCGAAGCGGCUGAAGCUCGAUCCAGCUCUCGAUUCCGUAUCUGGCGAACUUUUGGAUAAUUCCGCCGCCCGUCACAAGCUUUCAGUUAAACCGAGAAGAACAUAUGCCAGCGCAAGACAUUCCCCCACCAGGUUAAACGUGAACGCUAGAUGGCUGGUACGAGAAAUUGGCGGCAACAGACGCCAAGGAUGGGUGCCGUGCAGAAUCCUGCAGACCGCGGACGAUCCUGCUUUGUCGAAAACAGGACUUCCCGGCGACGCAGCUUUCAGAAGACAAGCCGUAGUGAAAGAGCUGGUAGAGACAGAGCAAGAGUUUGUACGCGAUCUGGACUACGUAGUUCAGAACUAUCUAAUUCCUACCGAGUCGGGAAAAGUCCCCAAAAUCAUCAAGGACAACUUCGACGUGCUCUUCGGGAACCUCAAAGAAAUUGCCGAAUUUCAUCGAACGGUACUGAUGGACGGAGUUAAGUACUACGCGAACGAACCCACCCUUCUGGGCAAAGCGUUUCUUAGGCUCGAGCGCGAUUUCGAUUACCACGUGAGGUAUUGCAGAGACGAACACUUGGCGCAAGAGUUCCUAGAUAAUUGUGAUGAAGCUUACGACUACUUCAUGGAGUUGUCACAACGCCUGGGUGACGACAAGAUCAUAGCCGAACAUCUGAAACUUCCAAUCCAGCGUAUAAACGACUACCAGCUUCUACUAAAGGAGUUGGUAAGAUACAGCGCUUGUCUAGAAGAAGACAACGCGGACCUACAGAAGGCACUAGAAUUGAUGCUAAGUGUCCCCCAUAGGGCACAGGACGAAAAAUUUACUUCUAAUAUCGAAGGUUACAAGGGUAGCAUCCACAAACUCGGUCGGCUUCUAGCGCACGACAGGUUCUCCGUAUCUUUCGGAGAAGUUACCAAGGAGCGUUACCUUUUCCUCUUCAAAGCACGCAUACUCAUUUGCAAAGUUAGACGCAUUGCCGACGACAGGUCAAUUUUUCAACUUAAAGACGUUAUAAGGCUUCCGCAAGUAGAGGUUAAAGAUCGUCCCGAAAGUGAGUACGUAUUUGAGUUGGUCGACAAAGCAGGCGGUCAGUCUCUGGUACUGAAAGCCCAUCGCGAUCACAUCAAAAAGUCUUGGUUGAAUGAAAUCAGGGAAUUUGCCAAGGAAUACGGCGAGAGCGAGGAAAACACUAGCGACGAGUUCCAAGUAGAAUCUCCUCCAGAAGAUCCAUCGCCACCGAUUCCAUCCGCGUCCAAAAGCAGCAAAUCUCAAAUCCCCAGGCCCGUGCGCUUAAAAUCGCAGGAGGAACAUCCGAACGGAAACCAGAAAAAGGACCUCGUUGGCGUGAAAAAGACCAAACAACAAGACACUCUCAUAUCCGAACUUAAAACAAGAACAAAGUCUAAAGAAGAGACAACAACUUCAACCACCACAGAUAUCGUUCAGUCGGAUACGUUGAAGAAUCUUCUGACUCCAGAAUCUGAGACUGUCGAACAGUCCGAAUUCCACUUGAAGCGGAUCGAAGCCGUUGAACCGCUUCACACUGUUCCCAAUCCAAAGUUAGUCUCGCCGAGUUCUUCCACUGAGAAGACAUUGGUUCCUGAACAGCCUGAGUUGCCGGAAACUGAAGACCCGCAUCAGCUAAGACGUAUUAAAGCAGUCGAGCCUCUGAUACACCUGUACAAUCCUAGAGUUCCGGAAGAGAAAGUAGAGUACGUGCCCAAGCUUCCCCCGGAUCUAGUGCCUGGUAGUGCUUUGACUAAAUUAUAUAGUGUAGAGUCGCUAGGUGCCAGUGAUACCGUCCUUACCGAUUACAAAGUCGGUAUUGAGUUUAAUGUUGAAGUUCUAGACGACAUGAGCAGAAGAUACGCUUCAAGUAGAGACAGCGGUGGCUACGAGUCAUCCUACACCAGAAGAUCGGGACAGUCUUACAGCGCAGAAGGCCCGUCGAAAUAUGGUACUGAUUCCCUCACCAGUGGCUCCAAAUAUGAAUCCGCCAGCAGUAGAUACGGAACUGAUUCCCUAACGGGUAGUUCUAAAUACGAUUCCCCGGGUAGCAAAUAUACCUCCGAACCGACGAGUUCGGCAGGGUCCAAAUACGAUUCACUGUCUUCGUCUAAAUACUCCAGAAAGUCUUACUCGACAGAUGCUGGCGAUUUGUCCAGCUUAACCUCGAGUUAUUCUAGAAAACCUCUGACAGAGAGCAACGACAACGAUUACAGUUACUCUAGAAAGCCUCUAAGAUCGGCCAUCGACGAAGAUACUGGAGACUCGUAUAGUUACUCGAGGAGGAUCAAAAGCAAUAUAGGGGAUGAUGACGGCGACUAUGCCAGCUCCUACUCUAAGAAGAUAAGCAAAUCUAUCUCUUCUUCAGCCGGAGAUGGCGACGGCGAGAGUUACUACACCAAGAGGUCGCUGAAAGGCACAUUAGAGACAGAAGGUGCCGGAGAUUCGUAUUCUAUCAGAAAAUCAAUAAAGUCUUCCAUAGAAGGUACGGGAAUCGAACCGGCAGAGUCGUAUUCGACGAAACGAUCUCUCGGCUCGGAGUUGGGUUCCAAGUACUCCCGAAGGUCAGUAUCGACGGAGAGCAGUGACGUCGAAACUAAAUACGGUCGACGGGCUUUAACGAGCAAAGGCGAGGACGAUACCGAAGAUCUGAUAUCCAAGUACUCGAAGAAAUAUUCCCGUGCUGAAUCAACCGAAAAACGCGGAGCAGGAGACGAGGAAGACGUAUACGCGAAGUAUUCGAGAAAGUAUUCUAGGACGGAUUCGGCGGGUAAAGAUGAGGGAAGUCAGUACUCGAGGCGAUAUUCUUCGAGAAAGGAGUCCGUAGAGACGAAGGCUAAAGAGCCGGAAGAAGAUCCCUAUGAGAAGUACGCGCGCAAGUACUUGCGCAAAGAUGAAGAAUCGGAAACCAAAUCGUACUCCAGAGAGGCCAACGUGUCUGAAGAGGAUUCGUACUCCAAAUACUCGAAACGGUAUGCCAGCAAGGAGUUGAAAGAUAGCGAAGUGGCAAUCGAAGAAAACGCCGUCAACGAGAACUCCAGGGCCGAAUCAGUGACCAUACGGACAAAGGAAAGCGCUAGUUCGAUAGAAUCCAAAUCGCAGGAGAAGACAUCAGAAACCGAUUCCUUAUCCAUGACGAUGAGAACGACCAGGGAGAAGUCAGCGGAAGAGAAAGUGGAGGAAUUGGGGGAUAACAGACCACACUUCAUCAAAACUAUUCGCGGUACGAGCAUCGAACCUGGCGAGAGCGCAUACUUUGAGGUGCUGCUCAAAGAAAAACCGGACGUGUUUAUGUGGCUUAAAGACAGCAAACCGUUGAACGGAGACGGUAGUCUAUCGGGUAGGAUCCAAACGAUCGUUUGUGGCAAAGGCGAGGAAUACAAAUUGGUGAUUAGGCAGGUGAAAGAGGAAGACGGCGGUAUAUACACGGCGAUCGCGCAAAACGCCAACGGAAAGGCGUCUUGUUCUGCGCAAAUGGUCGUUCACGAAUUGUCGACUGAAGAGCGUUUGGAAAAAUCCAAAACUGACAAACCAGAGUUCUUGGUGUCGAUGAAAGAUGCAGAACUUCUGGAAGGGACGUAUCUCCGUUUCAUGGUCAAAGUGGUGGGCGAGCCCAAUCCCGAUAUAAGUUUCUUUAAGGAGGGCAAGAAGAUCCAAGAGAACCAGGACCGGCUGCAAGUGAUCCGAGAGCAUUCUGACAAAGGAUUCUACGAGCUAGUCAUCCCCGAAGUAAAAAAAAGUGACGCUGGAGAGUAUAAGUGCGUCGCCACCAACAAGUUCGGAGAAGCUUCGUCCGAAGCGGUCGUCACCGUCACCGAUAACAAAGAAAUCUUCGAAGAAAUGCCGGAAGGUGAAAUUCUUCCUCCCGGAGAAAAACCCAUGUUCCACUGGAAAAAGGACGGUGCCAACUUCGAACCUGAUGAACGUUUCAAGGUUCUGAUGGGAGACGAUGAAGAUUCAUUAGCGCUGGUAUUCCAGCAUGUGAAGCCCGACGACGUUGGACUAUACACUUGCGUCGCUCAGACUUCCAGGGGACACAUCAGCUGCAGUGCCGAGUUAACAGUUCACGGAACGGUGAACCAAUUGUUUAGGGAACCCGAAAAGCCGAAGUUAAUUGUAGAAAAACGCAAUCCGAUCGUAACCGCCGGAAAUCAGGCGAUGCUCGAACUCCAGGUGAAGGGGUAUCCGAAGCCCCAGGUCAAAUGGUCACAUGACGGUAAACCUAUCGAACCCAGCAGUAAAUACAAAUUUCUCUACGAAGAUGAGGAGAGCAUGUCCCUUAUCAUCAAGGAUGUGAAGUCAGAAGACGCGGGCAAGUAUCAGAUCAUUGCAGAAAACGAGAUGGGUUCCGAUACAGCGGAGAUGGACUUAACCGUUACAGCCCGAAGAUAUUUUUUAUCACGAGAACACUUUGAAUACGAGAUAAAUUGCGUAGUCGUUAUAGCUCCGCCGAAAAUCAAAAACAAAAUGGAAGACAUCAGCGUCCACGCCGACCAGCUGUUGAAAAUGACUGCAGAAAUAGAAGGCAUACCCCAGCCUAAGGUCCAGUUUUACAAAGACGGCAAGGAAAUCAAACAAAGCGAGAGGGUCAAAAUCGUGCAGGAAGGCGAACAGUACAGCCUGGUCCUCGAAAAAACUUCGCUAAAGGAUACAGGCUCUUACUCGGUGGUGGCGACCAACGAACUAGCGCAAGUUUCCCAAUUCUGGAAACUUGACGUUUUCAGCAAGCCGAAAGUUGUUGAAAAAUUGGGAGCUGACAAGCAAGUCUCGCAAGGCGGAAACGUCGAGUUGAAAGUGAAGAUCGAGGCUGAGCCCAAGGCUAAAGUGACGUGGUUCAAAGAUGCAGAGGAAGUAAAGUCUAGCGAACAUUUCAUCGUCAAAGAAGACGGCGACACUUACAUACUGAGGAUUACUGGUGCUGUGACGACCGACGCCGCCAAGUACAAGUUCAAGGCAGUCAAUAUUCACGGGUCUGGUGAGGACGACGUAACCGUCAACGUGAAGAAAGCACCGAAGAUUAUCCAAGGCCUCCAAGACAUGACAGUCACCGAAUACGAUAAGAACGUAGCUCUUGACGUCAAAGUCGAGGCGUUCCCGAAGCCAGCAGUCAAGUGGUACUUGGACGAAGUUGAAAUUCAAGAGACGCGAUCAGAAUUCACCAGGAUCGAGUCAGAUGAUGGUGUCAAGCUGGUGAUCAAAGAAGUAACAAGCGAACUCUCAGGCCAGUACACUUGCAAGUUGAGUAACGAAGUGGGCAGUGCGGAGACCUCCGCCAAGCUGACAGUGAACUGUGCCCCGAGAAUUAUUAAACAUCUUAAGGACACCACGGUAGAAGAGGGAGCCACUCUUCAUCUGGAAGUUGAGGUUGGCGGUUGCCCACCGCCUACGGUCAAGUGGUUAAGGAAUGGAAGGGAAGUGUCUGCGGACGCUCGUAUUAAGAUAAGCAGGGAUACUCAUAGACACGAGACUUUCAACUUGGCGGUGAAUCUCAUCAAGUACGAAGAGCAGGGGGAGUACGAAGUUAUGGUGACCAACGCCUAUGGAACUGUGAGCAGUAAAAGCUUUGUCACUGUCCACAAAGUAACACACACCGACGCGAUCGAAGAAACCGAAGAACCACCGAAAAAACUAAAAGUCGAACAAUUGGAAGAAAGUAAAGACGUCGAAGAAAUUGAACCGCGAGCACCUCAAAAGCCGCAAGGUCACGAGAAGCUCAAGAGUGAACGCAAAGAGGCUGUGGUGAGCAAAUCACCAGAACCGAUCGUCGAAGAACCCGCUUCCCCGCAGCCCCCAAAGAGGGGUACGGCGGCAAUUAUAGAGGAAGCGGUUUACAAUGAGGAUUUUGAAGAAUCCUCUAGGUCGAAAAGCAUCAAAACGCAAGAGUUGGGUAGAAGGAAAUCAUACAGGGCGAAAACCGUAGAAAUUGAAGAAAUAGAAACUGUAGAAAACGUUGUUGCUAGUGGAGAUAGAAUGCACGCGGAAGUUGGAGAAUUAAAUACUGAUAAACAGCGGAGAAAGGGUAUCGCCGCAACCAAAGAGACGAUUGAAAUACAAGAAGAAAACAGUCCAAAAUCGCCUGAACCUCUAGAAGUGCAAGUGAAACUACGGCGCGGCAUAAGCGCCAAAAAGGAAAGCAUAGAAGAAAUCGAAGAAGAGGCGCCUAAAAUCCUUCAAGAAAUCACUGCAGAUGCCGAUAUAAAACUCAAAAAGCCAGUAACAGCCAUGAUCGGUAGCGCCGAUGACGAAGAAACGAUCACUAAAUACGCAGUUGUCGCUGAUAAUACGCAAUCGCGCAGUUCCAAGUCUGCCAAAGGUACCUUAGAAGAAGUUAAGUUCAUGGACCAAGCCGCCAAGCAGAAGAUGGAAGAUACAUACGAAAAACCAGAAUACCAACAAGCUAGAAAGGACCGCGACGAAGAAAAAGACGAGCAAAUUGAAAACCUAUUAAAGAGUGCGCAAAAGCAAAGAAGUGUGAUCGAAGAAAUUUCAGAGCACCCGGAAUUAGCCGAAACCAAAGCUGAUUCGCCCAAAGCUGAGCCGAUCAUAUUGGAUACCAAUAUGAAAGACGGAUCCAGACCGGAGUCUUUGGACAUCACUUACAUCGUAAGAGGCUUUGCCAGUCCCCCGCCGGUUGCCACUUGGACGUUGGACGGAAAAGAAAUUAAACCGGAUGCCCAUCUAAGGAUGACCGCCAGCCAGAACGGUGAGGAGUUCAAGCUGGAAAUCAAAAAGUUGGAACUUAAGGACGCCGGUAUCUUCGAGUGUACCUUAACCAAUUUAAUGGGUUGUGUGAAACAACAAGCAGUAUUAGAAGUAACACCCGAAAAGGACUUAAGACGACCGAAAAUCAAGGAAAAUCUGAAACCUCAAACCAUAACAAAAAAGAACGGGGUGACGUUCAAAGCCGUGAUAAUCGGAGACCCGAUUCCGGAUGCCACAUGGUAUAAAGACGGUAAACCCAUAUCUAACGCAGAGUUUGAGAAGAACAAAAUCAUUAUUGAAACGGAAGAUCACGACAUUGAGGACGGGUUGAAAGAAUGCACCUACAAGCUAACCAUACCCAGAUGCGAGAGAUCCAACCAGGGCAAAUACACGAUCAAGGCGGAAAACAAGUGGGGAGAGUGCGAAAGUAGCGCGCAACUUACCAUCGUCUUGAGACCGGAAAUCGAAGGGCCGGAGGAUGUUAAAGUAGUGCCGGGUGAAGCCACCGAAUUCACGGUGGUCGUUCAAGCCAACCCGGAGCCCCAAGUGUUGUGGGUUAAAGAUGACAAGAUGAUCAAAGCCAGCGACUUGAUUUCAAUCGUCGACGACAAGGCAAACGAGACGUACAAGCUGGUAUUCCACAAGGUUAUGCUGGCGGAUGAAGGGUACUACAAGGUCAUCGCGAAGAACGAUUUGGGGGAGAGCAGUGCCGAAGCUAGAUUGAAAACGAUCAAAGAAGCAGAACCAACUACCGAGAGACCCAAAUUCAUAACGGGUUUAAGUGACGACCAAGUGGAGGACCAAGGUGAAAUUAGUCUGAUGGUGCGCGCAGACGGCCUGCCCAAGCCUGAUAUCCGCUGGUACAUUAACGGUAAAGAAAUAACGCAAGACGAGCGACACAAAAUUAUAACAGUCAGCGACGCCCAAGUAACCAGCACGCUGUCCAUCACAAACUUUUCAGAAUCGGACGUUGGAAUCUAUAAAGCUGCUGCUAUAAACGUGGUUGGUGAGGCGGAAACUCAUGCACGAAUUGCGAUGGUACAAACUGCGCCCACUUUGGGGAAGAAACUGGACAGGAACGUCGACGUGAACGAGGGGGAACCUUUAGAACUGAAGGCCAAGAUAUCGGGAAGCCCGAAGCCCACGGCCAUUUGGUACAAGGACGGCGAACCGAUUUCUCCGGACGACGACAACGUAAAAACCGAGUUGCUACCAGACGGUACCGUGAAACUCACCAUAGAAAAAUGUUCACCAUCCGAUAGCGGCGCGUACAAGCUCGUCGUCCGAAACCCCAACGGUGAAACGUCAUCGUUGUGCGCGGUAGCGGUUGCUCCCAAACAACGCCGACCCAAGUUCCUCAAGUGUUUCAAGGACGCGAAAGUACCCAUCGGUCAGGAGCUCCGUUUGGAGGCGAAGGUCGAAGCGUACCCUCCGCCAGACAUAAAAUGGUUCAAGGACGGGGUACCAGUGAGACCGUCGUCGAACGUUCACUUAGAGACCCGUCCCGAUGGACGGGUCGCUCUUAUAGUCGACGAGAUGAAGCCGGAAAACGCUGGAAAAUACGAGCUCAAGAUCAGCAACAAACUAGGAGAGGCAGCGGGCGACGCCGUGAUCACCACAGAGCGCAAGCCUGUAAAACCUGAAUUUUCCAAGAAGCUUUCUCCCCAGACGGUAGUAGAGGGUUUCCCGGUAAAACUAGAAGCCAAGGCCGACGGAUUCCCGAAACCCAGCAUUGCAUGGACUCGCAACGGCGCCGAAAUCGUGUCCGAUAACAAGCACGUGAAGAUAACGGAACUACCAGACGGCACCUCGUGUUUGGUGAUCGACGCGUGUGAUCAGGUGCGGGAUUCGCUCACCUACAAGGCGGUGGCGAAGAACGUAGCUGGAGAGGCGGAGACUUCUGCCCCGUUGACAGUCCAAUCGUCGAUGAAAUCGGACGAACCGGAGGACCGUCCAAUGUUUUUGCAUUCGUUGAAGGACGUAGUCGUCGACGAAGGUCAACCGCUCACGUUGGAGGCGCCCUUCACGGGCAAUCCCAUCCCUAGCGUCGACUGGACGAAAGACGGACAACCUCUGGUGCCUUCUGAUAGAAUCUUGAUGACGUGUGACGGACGCAGGGUUGGUUUGAGGAUCGAUAACGCGCUUCCAUCGGAUGCGGGCGUAUACGGGGCAACCAUAACGAAUCCGUUGGGUCAAGAAUCAACGCAAGGGAAGGCCUCCGUGAGGAAGGUGUUCCAACCGCCGGCGUUCACUCAGCGGUUCACGGAUCUGCAGCAGCUGCCCGGCAGGGAUGCCAAGUUUCCGUGCAGAGUUACUGGCGUGCCGCAGCCUGACGUGCACUGGACAAAGGACGGAGAACCCAUACGAGAAAGCGAUAAGUACCACAUCAAAAGGGACGGCGACCUCUGCUGUCUCUAUGUUAUGAACUGCGAGCCAGACGAUGCUGGUGUCUACAGAGCAACCGCCGUCAACUCCGAAGGCGAGGCGAUCUGCACCGCCUCAUUGGAAGUGGUCAAAGAAAUCAAAAUUCAACAGAAAAUCGAGCCUCCGACCUUCCUCAAACGUAUCGGAGACACGGAGCUCUUCAAGGCGAUGACGGCGAAAUUUACAGCUUGUGCCUCGGGUAUUCCAGAGCCCGAAGUCGAAUGGUUCCACAACGAUCAGAAGAUAUAUCCGUCGAAGAGGAUCAUCAUGGAAAAGGACACGGCCGGUCUGUUGAGGCUUUCAAUCCUCGGAGUAGAUGAAGACGACUUGGGGAAAUACUCUUGUAAAAUCAGCAAUGAACACGGCAGUGAUAUAUGCCACGCCAAUCUCAAAUUCGAUGAAGGCCUGGAAGCCAAACCUAAACGACCGAUGACAGAUCAGUACACCGAAUUUGACAAGUACAAGCGCAGCGGCGCCCCGGUACCACUAUCGGACCCUCCGAUAAUAUCCCAAAUGACGGAUCGGCAUUGUACAUUGUCCUGGAAGCCAUCGAUACCGUCUGGACCCAGAGAGCCCGUGACGUAUCAGCUGGAGAUGUGCGAACUGCCCAACGGCGACUGGUUCACCGUACGUACCGGGAUCCGAAGCUGUACCUGCGGCGUUAGAAACUUGGAACCCUUCCGCGAUUACAAGUUCCGGAUACGCGUGGAGAACAAAUAUGGCGUCAGCGAUCCAUCACCUUUCGCCAUUACUCACAGGCAAAAGUUGGAGCCGGAUUUGCCCCGAUUUAAGCCCUAUUUGCCGCCCGACAUCGAUUUCCGACCUGAAACGUCGCCGUACUUCCCCAAAGACUUUGACAUCGAGAGACCACCUCGCGACGGUAUGGCGCAGGCGCCCAUAUUUCUGCGUCAAGAACAUCCCACGCAGUACGGGGUCAAAGAUCAGAAUACCAACUUGUUUUGGUUCGUGUAUGGCUAUCCCAAGCCGAAGAUCACGUUCUAUUUCGACGACGAGUUGAUAGAGUCCGGUGGCAGGUUCGACAUGAGUUAUACAAGAAACGGGCAGGCCACGUUGUUCAUCAACAAAAUGCUCGAUCGUGACGUAGGGUGGUACGAGGCAGUGGCAAGGAACGAACACGGCGAAGCGAGGCAGAGGGUGCGUUUAGAAAUCGCCGAAGCUCCGUAUUUCAUUCGAAGACCCGACAUCGAAUACGUAAUGGUGCGAGGUAGGUGCCAGUUCACCGCUAAGGUCGUAGGCGUGCCCUAUCCGGAGUUAAAGUGGUACCGCGAUUGGAAACCGCUAGCCCCCUCUAGUAGAAUAAAGAUAGCGUUCCACGAACCUGACACCACCGUCCUCACCAUAAACGAUGUCAUCUACAAAGAUGAGGGCUUGUACUCGAUCUCGGCGCGCAACGUCGCCGGAACCGCUUCUUGUAGCGCGAUGCUGUACGUCGAGGACAACGAUCACGAGUACAACAUCCGCACGUACUCCAAUCUGUCUCCCAUCAAACCCCACAAACGUCUCCACACCGAUUACUACGACUUAGGGGAUGAACUUGGUCGCGGCACCCAGGGUAUCACAUACCACGCGGUCGAACGGAUCAACGGUCGAAACUACGCCGCGAAGAUAAUGCACGGCCGUGGCGAUUUGAGGCCGUUCAUGUACAACGAACUGGACGUGCUGAACCAGCUGCGUCACAAGAAGUUGAUUUCUCUUCACGAUGCUUACGAAACGGACGACACGCUCGCUCUCAUUUUGGAGCUCGGCUCAGGGGGCGAACUGGUGCAGGAUUAUUUGCUCAAGCACGACUAUUACACGGAAGGGGAUAUCGCCGGAUUCAUCAGACAGCUGCUUCAGGGCCUGGGUUACAUGCACGACAAGGGUUUCGCCCACAUGGGCUUGAAUUUGGGAGAUUUACUUCUGGCGCAUCCGGGCGGGGACGACCUGAAAAUAACGGACUUAGGUCUAUCUCGACGAAUCAGUAUGGCCCAUCUCUAUCCCCUCCCCUACGGCAUGCCGGAAUACGUAAGCCCGGAAUGUGCGAACAACGAGGGCGUGGGCUUCGGUCACGACAUGUGGAGCGUGGGUAUCAUCACCUACAUUCUGUUAUCUGGACGAUCGCCUUUCCGCGGGGCCAACGAUAGGGAAACUCUAACCAAUAUUCGGUCUGGCCAGUGGUUGUUUGACGAGGAUUGGUGGAGCAGAAUAAGUGUUGAAGCCAGAGACUUCAUUUCCAAGCUUUUGGUUUACCAUCCUGACGGCAGGUUGGACGUAAGGGCGGCACUCAAACAUCCCUGGCUAGAGAGGGCCGACAAGAGAUACCAAGACGAGUAUCGUAUAUCUUCCAAGUAUCUAAGUGAUUAUUGGCGUUUAUACAGGGAAUGGUACGACAACGCGUCCUGCAGGAACUGGUUCAGACGGCGACCCCUGGAGGGAGCUUUCACGCACCCGUCGAAAAUGGUAUAUCCUCCAGGGGAACGGUACACGCCGAGGUCAACUCCCGCGCCAGCGGAGAAAGCGCCCAGAGUAAGAACCUGGGAGGACCAGCUACCGUCUCGAUCACCUCUCAACUACGAAAUCGGCGUUAUCAAGUCCGAGAGCCACUACCAGAAUGGCCCCGACACGUACCUGCUACAGCUUCGAGACGUUGACUUCCCGGUACGCCUGCGCGAAUACAUGAAAGUUGCCGGGAGCAGAACCCCGGGUGCGGCAUACAUCGUGUCUGACGAAAAUGGCUAUGAUUGGAGAACUCCUAUCAUUCGGGAGCGUAGACGCUUUACCGACAUCAUGGACGAGGAGAUCGAUGACGAAAGGAAGGCCCGUAUAAACAGGUACGGCCCGGGAGACACCCCGUAUAUUAGAAGACUCAAACACGAAUUGGGCUCGCGUUUGGACACCUACGUGGAAGCAGAGGCGUUCAUCGAGAGCAAACAAGAAGGCAGACCGCCAUUUUUUAGGGAAAAACCUCAGCUGACCGCCAUGAUAGAGGGAAAGGACCUCGAAUUGACGUGUCUGGCGGUCGGGGAACCCACACCCAUUGUGCAGUGGUUUAAAAACGAUUCCAUCGUUGCCGAGUCGCAUCGCAUAAAAAUCUUCACAGACGCAGAGGGUCGGUCUCACUAUCGCCUAACUCCAGCUCUAGCGUUCGAUCAGGGCAUGUACAAGAUAGUCGCGAGGAACAAGGUCGGCCAAACCAUCGCUCGUACUAGGAUCGUACUAGGUUUGAUUCCCGACGAACCCGAUAGUCCUGAGAUCGACGGCGUGUCCGACACAGAAAUUUUGUUGACGUGGAAACAGCCAAAAUUCGAUGGCAACGCCCCCGUCAUUUGCUACAAGCUGGAGUACAAACGCGCAGAUGACAUGGAGUGGACCAAGAAAACGGAGAAUAUAGACCACGAGUUUUAUUUGAUUGGCGGUUUGGAACCGAACACGUGUUAUAUAUUCAGGUUGGCGGCGAGAAACGCUAUUGGCUGGAGCGACCUGGGGGUACCGACGGCUCCGGUACAGACCAAACCAGACGGGUCGCCAAAAGUCCAGCUAAGUAAUGCGAUGGCACACCUGCAAGCGAUAACCGACAGCGGGAAAGAAAUCGAGGAGGAGAAGCCGUUCAAGAACAACUACAAAAUCGAAAGCGAGCCUAUAGUAUGGGAACAUUCCAGUAUUCAAGACCAUUACAGCUUUAUUUCGGAAAUAGCGAGAGGAAGAUUCAGUACCGUAUUAAAAGCGGUCGAUAAAAAGGACGACGCAGUGGUGGUGGCCAAAGUGUUGGACAUGUCCGACCAGAAGCAAAAGGAUGAGGUGGAGGGCGAGUUCGCCGCGUUGCGAUCGUUACGUCACGAAAGGAUCGCCGGUCUUUUGGGGGCGUACCAUUCUGGCGACAAGGCGGUGUUUAUAUUGGAAAAGUUGCAAGGCGCCGACGUGUUGACUUAUUUAGCAAGCAAACACGAAUACAGCGAGCAGACGGUGGCUUCGAUAGUCAGUCAGAUCUUGGACGGUUUGCAAUACCUGCAAUGGAGAGGACUGUGUCACCUGGACUUGCAACCUGACAACGUGGUGAUGGCGGGAGUAAGAUCGGUGCAAGUGAAACUUGUAGACCUCGGGUCCGCACAUAGGGUCACUAAACUGGGAACCAAAGUGCCGGUCGUCGGACACAGCGAUUACAUCUCGCCCGAGGUACUGGCUGAAGAACCGGCGUUCCCGCAGACCGAUAUAUGGGGCGUGGGGGUACUGACUUACGUCAUGUUGUCAGGAACGGUACCGUUCCGCGGACAAGACGAGAACGAAACGAGGCAGAACAUCCUGUUUGUACGUUACAGAUUCGAGAACCUUUAUCAGGAGAUAACGCAGGAGGCGACCAGAUUCCUGAUGCUGCUAUUCAAACGACAACCAAAUAAACGACCAACGCCCGAGGAGUGUCACGAAAACCGAUGGCUUUUGCCGACAGACUAUAUGAUUAAAAAACGCGAAAGGGCGAUCUUCCUAGGACACCGGAUCAAGGAAUAUUCAGAAGAGUAUCAUUCGGAAAGGGAGGCGUUGGCCCGAGCAUCCACAAGUCAGUUGGGGGGGAAAGCAAUUUUCAGAUCACACAGUAUACAAGAAGAGUUACUGACUGCCCCUUAAUUUAAGUGCUAGGAUUGUGUAUAUAAUUUAAAAUGUAAAAAAUAUACCGAAUAUCGUUGAAUCAUAAUUUUGUUUACAGGAAAUUGAUACUUCAAGAAAAUUGUUUGAGAGUUCAUUUUCUGAUUAUGUGUUUUAGAUAUUCUACAAAUAAAAAUAUCCUUUACA